AUGCGGCGGCCCACAAGUGAUGUGAGACAGCGCGAAAGUCGACGUUCUUCGCUCGACAAUGCCGGUUCACGCAGACGCAAUUCCAGCGUCCCGUUUCAUAAUGCUCGUAUCGAACGAAAUCCAAAUUCGCUGGACAGUGAUACUGAUUUUCUUUGUGAUCGUGCUGUUGAAUUUAUGGAAUCCGGAGACAUUCAUAGUAUUGUGGCCGUGGAAUUGGCUGAACAAAGCAUGUACUUUGAACGAUUACUUCGCUAUCAUAAAGGUCGUGGGUACAUACGGUUGCCGGAAUUUCUCAACUCCGGUUUUGCCUCCGUACUGGAAUUUAUACGGAAAGGGACUACGGAGCUCACCCCGGAUAAUGUCUAUCACAUUUUUAUCGCGGCCGACUAUUUGUUGGUCCCGAAGCUCAAAGAAGAGUGUGCAAACUUGCUGAAAGAUGUGGCCAAUGAUCCAGCCACAGCUAUCGCUUUGUGGCUCAGUUGUCGCACCCUGUACUGGCCCGAGGUUGGAACAAUGGCAUUUCAAAAAUUGUUGGAAAACUUUGAGAUUGUCUGGCCUUCUCCGGAGUUUCAACAACUCGAAGCAAUUGAUGUAUGGCGCAUAUUGCAAGAGGACGGAUUAAAUUGUAAGCGUGAGAAAACCGUGUUUGACGCGGUUGUACUUUGGGUCAAUGUGGCUCCGAAAUUGCGUUUGCAAUACGCCCUCGAUUUGCUAUUAUGCAUUCGCAUAGGCAUGCUCGACACGAGCGAUAUGGAAAUGAUGAAGAAUUCGGAAUUGGUCAAACUGAUUCCUGAUUAUCUCAGCCUUUUGCAAGAGUGGCCCACUUGUCUAGCUCAAACUGAAAAUCCCAUGAUUGUUGCUUGUGGUCGACGUUUUAUUUGUCCACGUCUUCCUCAUGAGGUAGUAAUGGUUUUUGGUGGUUGGUGCGAUGGAGAAGGACCACGAGCUGCUGCUCAGGUAUACAACCCUCGUGCGAACACCUGGACCUUGUGGACUGAAGCCGGGCCGCAAGCUCAAGCUCCGGCACAUGAUUGGAUGGAAUUGGCCAAUCAACAAGUGGCGGCCGGACUGCAACAACAAGAGCAGCAACAGACACUGACUACGGGAACGUCCGCAACUGAUCCGGUAGGCGCUCACGCUCUCAAUAUUUUGGACACCUUGCCGAACAGGACGAGUCAGACGGAAGCAUCCGCGUUGGAAAUGACCAACACACUCAAUGCCUUACGGGCCUCACUUCAACCAGAUGGACCGGAAAUGAAUAUUCUGAACAAGACAGAAACACAGUUCAUAGAAUCAGCUGGAAGUCUCAUUGGAGAAAUUCCGCGACGAGUGUAUGCCGGAUGUGUUCUGAUUGGCACACGCGUCUACCUGGUAGGUGGAUUCGACGGAACGAACGCACUGAAAUCGACUUUGUGCUAUGAUUAUGAAAUCGAUUCUGGAUGGUAA